AUGCGCCUUUCUACUGCUUUGACACUUGAAACAACUGCAGAAAUUAAUCAGUUUGCCAAUUGGUUACUUGAUGUUGGUGACGGAAACUUAUCACUUCCUAAUGAUGGCAUGGCAGAGAUAGAAAUUCCUCCUGAGUUGUUAAUUACAAAAUACUACAAUCCCCUCGAAGCUAUAGUCAAUUCCACUUAUCCAGAUUUGCUCCAACACUUAUCUGACUCCAAAUACUUCAAUGAUAGGGCAAUUUUAGCUCCUACAAUAGAAACUGUGAAUCAGUUGAAUGAUUAUAUGUGCUCAUUAUUGCCUGGUCAACCAGUCGACUACUUCAGUGCAGAUUCAGUUCCAAAAAUAGAACAGGAUAAUGACUCCAUUGAUGACUUAUACACAACUGAAUUUCUCAAUACAAUCAAUUGCUCUGGCUUACCUCCACAUAAACUCACUUUAAAGAUUGGCACACCGGUUAUGCUUCUACGAAAUAUAGAUCAAGCGAGUGGAUUAUGCAAUGGAACUCGGCUACGAAUCACAUUCCUUGGGAAGCAUGUCUUGAAAGCAACAACACUCAAUGGAACAAAUGCCAAUAAUGAGGUGCUACUCCAUCGGAUGGACAUGAAUCCUUCAGAGACAAAAUUACCAUUUCUUAUGCAGCGAAGGCAAUUUCCAAUCAUACUGUCAUUUGCUAUGACAAUAAAUAAAAGCCAAGGACAGUCCUUACAACAUGUUGGACUCUACCUACCAAAGCCAGUCUUCUCUCAUGGUCAACUAUAUGUUGCACUCUCAAGGGUGAAAUCUAGGAAAGGACUACAUAUUCUCAUUCAUGAUUCAAAUCAGCAACCAAGAUCAAGCACUUUAAAUGUUGUUUUUAAGGAGAUAUUCUGCAAUUUAGAUUCUAAAUCCUUCUCUUGA